CACAUCGGAUCAAGAUGAAUUUGACCAGGUAUGGAAUGGUUUGAUGGACGACAUCACUACAAGAGCUUCUAUGGGAUCUGACACGCUUAAGUACGCGACAGGGGAAAGAAAUGUCUCAAACAAUGAAACAAUAUAUGCAUGGAUGCAGUGUACACCAGAUAUGUCACAUAGCGAUUGCGCUUAUUGUCUGAGAGACACUGUUAGUUAUUUCCUUAGUUGCUGCCAUGGGAAACAAGGAUUUUACAUUCUUACUCCGAGCUGUAUGUUUAGGUGGGAUUUGUAUCCCUUUUAUAAAGUUGUUGCAGAUGGUUCUUCACCACCUGUUCUGUCACCAACUAAUUCAACUACUGGAGGUAUACGUCUUGAAUUAUUGCACAGUUAGCAUAUUCUAAUCAAGAACAUAAUCUUGAUUUAUUUUU